CCCGCAGGACGACAUGACGGAUCCGCUGCUCGCCCCGCAAGUGAAAGUAGCGCUGCAGUUUUUUACUCUGCGUUUGUUGACGAGCCGAGCGGGUUUAUUUUCACUUUUGUCUUCGUUGUAUUGUCGUUGAGUUCGACGGCAGACGGAAGACAAGCAGACUUUGACUCGACGCUCGUUUGCUAAAUCAAACUUUACUGUCAAAUAAACAUGUUGCUAACCAGCGAAAAUCACAGGGAACCCGGCUAUAACCUGGAGUUUAUCCACGUUUGAUAACGUGUAACUACCGUCAAAUGCACUGAUUGCAAUGCCAGUAGAGAGAAUGAGAAUGCGGCCAUGGUUGGAGGAACAGAUUAAUUCCUGUGAGAUUCCAGGACUGAAAUGGGUUAACAAAGAAAAGAGAAUCUUCCAGAUCCCGUGGAUGCAUGCUGCCCGUCACGGCUGGGACCUGGAGAAAGAUGCUCCGCUCUUCAUGCGUUGGGCUGUACAUACUGGUAAAUACCAGCCAGGUGUGGACCGUCCAGAUCCAAAGACAUGGAAGGCUAAUUUCCGCUGUGCAAUGAACAGUCUGCCAGACAUUGAGGAGGUGAAGGACAAAAGCAUCAAAAAGGGAACGAAUGCCUUCAGAGUUUAUAAGAUGCUCUCGUCUAUGGAGAGGAGCUUGAAAAAAGGAAAGAAGAAGAUGGACAAGGAGGGAAAGUCCAAAGGAAAUAAAGAGGGAUCCUCCCCAUCUCCAGACAGAACUCUUUUCGACGUUCAUGCUGGACCUGUGGACUACAGCAAUCAAGAGCUGAUCAAGCAGGAAGGAGUGGAGCUCACGGUGACUGACAGUGCGUCAGUGAUUCACAGUUCGGCAGAUGACCACGUGAUCACCAGCGAGCAGCUGCCGUUUGUCUGUCAGACAGUCGAAGUGACCACUGAGAAUGAAGAGCAGACCGUCAGCUCGUCCCACUCGUACCCGCUGCAGAUCUCUCCCGUGUCUUCAUGCUGCGGCAGCGACACAGACAGUGAUACAGAAGAGAUCAAAGAGGGUAUCGGUGCAGUGUGGAGGCGGGAUUAUAGCACAUCAGUCCUCAGGAUCCCCAAAUGUUCUCUUCCUGGCAUGGCCACCUUCGUCAGUCCGAGCAAGCCUAACUUCAGGGUCACCAGCACGCGAGACCCGGCGCCUCUCAUCAGCUACCACACCGACGGCUGGACGCCAUCCUACAGCCAGAACUCUCUUGUGUCCGCUGCCACCAGUCACACCCACGAGAUGCGUGCAAGUGUCAUUAUGAAAACCUCCGACGUCACCUCGUCCUGACCUCAGACCAGGGAGCAUCAUCGCUGCCUCCAGGGCACAGGAAUGACAGAGAAUGUUUGUUUUCUCCAUCAGGGCCACGUGGGGCCUAAGAAGAGGCAAACCUCCAAACCUUUGAUUUAUUGUAGCAUCUGUCUGGGCAUCAGUUCUCUCAGUUUUCGCAUUUGGCGAAAUUGAUGUCAGUUAACUUAGCUUGCAAGUGAGGAGCACUUAAGGUAAAUCUACUUUCGGCAAGGGUCUGUGUGAUGUGAAUGCCAUCACCUUCCCAUAUCUAGGAUUGUGUACAUGCAGGGUGAAGUUUAGAAACAACCGGACAAACAUGUAUGCAAAUAUGUGACUUGGACAGAAUGGUGUGCUCCUCCAUUUUCCCCCUUCAAGUCCAUUUUUCAGUGUAUCUGGCCCUUUAUACGCCUUCAUCAUCCAUUUGUCACUGGAAAUAUUAUUUUAGCUGCUUUGUGGCAACACUUUAGUAUAAUAACUUUAUUUAUAAAACACCUUUUAAACCCACAGUUUACAAAGUGCUUUACAGACGAGGAGAAAAAACUAGAUACUCAGGAAGAUCCCUGAUCAGAUCAGAGAGUCUAAAAUGGAGAGUUAAGCAUGGUAAAAGAUAAAAUAUAUGAAUAAAUGCACCAAAUUAAGGAAAAAUAACAAGUAGAGUAAAAGAAAAUAGGGGCAAGACAAAGCUACAGUUAUUAAUCGUAGUAGUAAAAUUAAACAAAUAGUAAAUAAUGGGUACAAGAAAAUUAAAUGAUCAAAUAAAAUUAAUAGAUGACAUCACAUAAUAGCAAAUGAAACUGCACUAUUUCUGAUGAAAGAAAAGUAUCUUUUACUUUUAGUUGUGAGAAGUUCUUUGUGUUUUUAUUGCUGAGCCUUCAGAUGAAUAAGUUUUUAUCAAAUCCGUUAUCUUUGAGCCAGUAUUUUAUUAUUUAUAGUUUAAAAGUUCAUCAGCUCCUUUAAGUUUCAGACCCUCAAAGCAGUGAAAGCUCAAGUGUUGGCAUAAAGUGCUUCACUGGUGACACAUGGAUGGAAAACGAUUCCUGCCUUUCUAAGCGAUGAAUACAAAACUUAAUGUUGUUUUGAGGAAGCUACAAAAACAAAGGUGUGUUUAAUCAGUGUAAAGAAUGACAAUCAUUAGGCCCUGCUGUGGCCCGCAGAGGAAAGCAGGCUUUUUAAAGAAUCGGUCUGCCUGUCUGGAGACCUCAGGACAAUGUACUCGAACAGAUAGAUGAACUGACAGACAGACUGACAGACUGUGAACAAUCUACUUGUGUCUCUUCUGCCUUCCUGGUGUUAACAAUGUACAUAGCUCAUGUUUGCCUGCAAGCCGCUACAGCACCUUAUGGACAACACUCGUGCGUGUUUGUGUGUGUGUUUUUGUGUGUGAAAGAUGGAAAGAAAAGCCUUAUCGAGGAUGUGUGCCUUUGAUAGCGUGACUGGAUUCAAACUGUCUGCGUUUUAGUCUGCUAGCAAGUAGCGAACAGGAGUUUGAGUCGAUCACAUGUAGCUUGAGGCGGCCGACUGCGCUGUAGGAGACGCAGAGAAAUAAAGAAGUGGUCGACAUUUGAGGACGUUGACCUCAAGGGUUCCUAUUUAGGUUGUUAGAGGAAGUGACAGCAGGACUGAAUUUCUGACUUCCCAAGUUCAUCCAAGCCUCUUAAUCUCAAUCCUGUGCAUUUAAAAGAUGUAAACUAGCUAACUAGGGAAUUGGACUUACCUGGGCUUUAACCACACCCACACUUGUUUUUGCAGUUUGCUAGUGUAUUUUCUAGCUGAUUUUAGUGCCAUCAUGCUUGCAUCUCCACCCAUAAUAGCUGUAGCUCUGCAGUAUCUCACUAUAACAACAGCUAACAUGCAUCUUAAAAUCAUUAUAUCCACAGAAAUUUUUUUAUUUUUGAGCCUCAAAACGUGAAAACAUUCAGAUUUAUAUGUUUAUAUGAAGUCCUGGCCAGAGUCACUGUCCCCUCAGUUUAUGAUCAGUAAGAGGUUUGUUGGCAGCUAGCAGGCUAAAACACAGAUUUCAGGAAAAGCGUAGAGCAAAUAGGAAUCUGCAUUGUCUUUAAAACCAAACUUCUGGAGAAUUUAACACUGGAUGCACAUAACUUUCAUGGUGAUUCUCUCUGAAUCAGGGGGGUUUGGGCUUGCUUCAACUGUAAAAAUUUCUUCUAUGUGCCUUUGUUGUUGCUUCACAACUUCUCUGUGGUUACAGUUCAUGAUAGUUCUCUUUAGAAACAACUGCAGUAUGUGGGUGAUAUUUAAAGCAAUGUAUUCUAAUAACUUUACCAAUAGCCAUAACACAGGACACCUGCCUUUUUUAUUCUUCAGUCAUUUUGUUCCAGUGGUCACAUCCUCUCUGAGUGUAAUAAUGAAAAGUAACAGUCAAUAAUAGACUGUGACGUUAAAUGUGCCAAACUAGAGAAAGACAAGUUGUUGUUUUUUUUAACUCCAGUGUAUUUGAAAUACUUUAAAUUUAAUUAUGUUUUCAGUGUUGAAGCAUCAGUUGACAUUAAAUAAGCAAGACCCAACCCUAAUUUCCAUUGCCUUAAAAAAAACAAAACAAACAAGCCUAACUGGAUUAUUAUUACCAAGACUAAUAACUGAAGUGCACUUUUACAUCGUUAAUUUCUGCUUGUAUAUAAAAGGGAUGUCUAUACAACCUGAAGUCAACAGUGAGCGUUGACGGUGGCGAGGUGUAGUCGGUUGGUGUUUCCAACCUGCUUCUGCUUUAUUUGAUUCUGGUAAAACAGAGGUGUGUCUCACUCUUUGCACUCACCAUAAAAUACAACAUUCAGUUCCAAAGCAAACAGGACAGAUCGUCUUUCUGCUGCUCACGAUUCGGCAAAGAGGUUUUUCAUCGCAACAUGCCACUGUUCAUUAUCUGUACAUUAACCUACAUGUGAAUCAACAUGUAAAUCUGAAUAAAGACCUUUUUUUUUGUAUUUAUCCUCA